CCGGACAGCGAAGAGGGGAAAAUGGAGAUAUGAGGUCUGAAAAGGAGCCGAGGACAGGAAGCAGGGAGAGAGGCAGUGUUGAGAUCCAGUUUGGGGAGUGUCAGAGGGAGCAGGACAACGUUGCAGUGAACCCGAAGCACAAAGAGGAGAAAAAGGAGAUCUUCACCAAGGUUGUCAUACGCCGCCUGCCACCCAGUCUAUCAAAAGACCAGCUUGAGGAGCAACUGAGUCCUCUUCCAUCUUUUGACUAUUUCGAGUUCUUCCCCGCUGAUCAGAGCUUAUACCCACAUCUCUUCUCAAGAGCAUACAUCAACUUCAUAAAUCAAGAGGAUAUAAUUAUUUUCAGGGAUCGUUUUGAUGGCUAUGUGUUCAUUGACUGUAAAGGUCAAGAAUAUCCAGCUGUGGUAGAAUUUGCCCCAUUUCAGAAAGUCUCCAAGAAAAAGUUAAAGAAGAAAGAUGCUAAAGCAGGAACCAUUGAUGAAGAUCCGGAAUACAGAAGAUUUCUUGAAAACUACUCUUGUGAUGAGGAGAAAUCAAUGGCCAACCCAGAAACACUAUUGGGAGAGAUUGAAGCUAAAACACGAGAACUCAUAGCCAAAAGGACGACUCCCUUACUGGAAUACAUUAAAAGCAAGAAGUUAGAGAAACAGAGAAUAAGAGAAGAAAAGAGAGAGGAAAGGCGAAGGAGAGAACUGGAAAAGAAGAGACAGAGGGAGGAGGAGAAAAGGAAGCGCAGAGAGGAGGAGAGACGAAAACGAAAGGAUACCGAGAAGCAGAAGAAGCUUUCGGAAAAAGAGAUUAAGAUCAAGCUUUUGAAGAAGUGUGAACGAGAUGAUGACAUGGACUCAGACAGACUGAAAGAUAAAGGAGACAGCGGAGAGGCGGAAAAGAACAAAUGGGAAAAAACGGCAGGAAACAAUAAGUCAAAAGAUACCAAAGACAAUAGGGGUCAAAUCGAGAGUGACAAGGAGCAGCGAGAGAGUCAUGGCCGUCGCCAGAGAGACAAAGAGCAUCGCAGCAGAGAUGAGGAGCGUAAACGCCAGAGGCAUCAUUACGAGUUUGAUAAGUUCAUGCGACGCAAGGACGAAACCAAAUGGGGCAAAGGCUACUGCCAGGACAGGGCCAAGAAAGAGCAAAACCAUGGGUACUCCUACUGUCCAGACGCUGGGGACAAACUGGGCAAAGAGGACAGAGAGGACAUGGCGAGCAGGAAAGAACGGAUUCGUAAUAAGUCUGUGUUAGUGCAUCAGGAGAAAAGGACUUCCCAGUCUGAGGGGCCAGACCAGAUAGGAGGGGCUCUGCCAGCAAAGGACCGACCAGCGAUGCAGCUGUACCAACCUGGCUCCCGAAACCGCAAGCGCAUGGGCUCCAGCAACAAAACCUUUGAAUUUCCACCCAUCUCACCUGAGCAUGGAGGAGAGCACUGCUAUAAGACAAUCAUUGGAACAGGCUCAGAGAAAAGUGCAGACGAGUGAAAAGAAGACCAUAGCAGGAAGAUGUCAACUUAAUAGAAACCUAAAUGUAGAAACAAGAGUACCACAUGCCAGUUCAACAGGAAGAACACUCAAUUUUAACCUUGUUUUCAGUUGUCUCUGUGUUUGAUAAGUGAGUAUAUAUCAUACAAUCACCCUCUUAAUCUUUUAAACACAGAGUUAUAAGUAUCUACAGGUCAUAAUUAUCAUGUCAUAAAUAUAAAAUGAUCAAGAAUAACUGAUUUGUACUUACACCAUAAUUUCAUUGAGAAAAAAAUACCUCUUUUAUUUACUUAGAUCAAGAUUUGUAUUCCUUUUGUAGAGCAAGAAAUAGAUUCCUUUAGUCAAGAGAAUUUAGAAAGAGUAUAUUGAUUGUAAUGUAAAGAAAAUCUGUAUGUGUUGUGAAACUGAAUUUUAAGUAUAUGCAAUGUAUCUAGGUUGACUGUUUUAUCUCGAUAAAAGGUAAAGGAAGUGUGUGGGGGGAGUUGUAGAGACUUAUUUUUCUUUAAGAAUAAAUAAUAAGCGCAAGAGUGCUACAUGGCAUUAGCAUAAGCAUAUAGUUCAUAAUUUCAUAUUUUCACACUGUAAUGCCUUUGAAUAAUGCCUCUAUUGUCCCUGAUGUAUCAUUAUCUGGCUGUUGGUGUAAUACGCUUAUUCUAGGUUUCAAAUAGCUAACUUCAGUGUAUUGUUUCACCUGCGAGCCAAGAAGAACAAUAUCGUUUGUUAAAAACGUCUGUUAGAUCACAUGUUGUUUGGUGAUAAUUCUAAACAGUGCGCAUGUUUUAAAAAACUAAUGCUGUCAUUCAGGGGUGGGAGACUAAUGGGCUCACAUGCCUUAUCUUAGGUUUUCACUUAAAGAUCCCAUCAAAUAUUACAUUUUUUAAUGAUUGUUUAGUAAAAACCAACAGUAGAGUAAAUUCUGAUGAAAAUUUUAAAGCAGUGAUAUUGUAUUUGAUGGAUUUACUAUUUGUGUAUAAUAAAGAUAU